GGGGCGGAACUCCGUACUCCUGGCGCGGUUUCCCUGCCGGAUCGAAAAGCCAAGCGCACCAAGUGUCGCGGGAGCAGGCCCGCAGCAGCACCUUGGUCCCCUGCUCCCGCGACAUGGCUUUCAACUUUGCGGCUCCCUCGGGCAGCUCAGGUACCGCUGCAGCCACCGCAGCCCCCGCGGGUGGGUUUGGAGGAUUUGGGACAACAUCUACAACAGCAGGCUCUGCAUUCAGCUUUUCAGCUCCAGCUAACACUGGCACUACUGGACUCUUUGGUAGUACUCAGAACAAAGGUUUUGGAUUUGGUACUGGUUUUGGCACAACAACUGGAACUAGUACUGGUUUAGGUACUGGUUUGGGAACUGGACUUGGAUUUGGAGGAUUUAAUACACAGCAGCAGCAGCAACAACAACAAACUACAUUAGGUGGUCUCUUCAGUCAGCCUACACAAGCUCCUACCCAGUCCAAUCAACUGAUAAAUACUGCAAGUGCUCUUUCUGCUCCAACACUACUGGGAGAUGAGAGAGAUGCUAUUUUGGCGAAAUGGAAUCAACUACAGGCCUUUUGGGGAACAGGAAAAGGAUAUUUCAACAAUAACAUUCCACCAGUGGAAUUCACGCAAGAAAAUCCUUUUUGCCGAUUUAAGGCAGUAGGUUACAGUUGUAUGCCCAAUAAUAAAGACGAAGAUGGCCUAGUGGUUUUAGUUUUCAACAAAAAGGAAACGGAUAUUCGAAGCCAGCAACAGCAGUUGGUAGAAUCAUUACAUAAAGUUUUGGGAGGAAACCAGACCCUUACUGUAAAUGUAGAGGGAAUUAAAACAUUACCAGAUGAUCAGACAGAAGUUGUCAUUUAUGUUGUUGAGCGUUCUCCAAAUGGUACCUCAAGAAGAGUUCCAGCUACAACACUCUAUGCCCAUUUUGAACAAACCAUUAUAAAAACACAACUGCAGCAGCUUGGUGUAACCCUUUCUAUGACUAGAACAGAACUUUCUCCUGCACAGAUCAAACAGCUUUUACAGAAUCCUCCUGCUGGUGUCGAUCCUAUUAUCUGGGAACAAGCCAAGGUGGACAACCCUGAUUCUGAAAAGUUAAUUCCUGUACCAAUGGUGGGUUUUAAGGAACUUCUUCGAAGACUGAAGGUCCAAGAUCAGAUGACUAAGCAGCAUCAAACCAGAUUAGAUAUCAUAUCUGAAGAUAUUAGUGAAUUACAGAAGAAUCAAACUACAACUAUGGCCAAAAUUGCACAGUACAAGAGGAAACUCAUGGAUCUUUCCCACAGAACCUUACAGGUCCUAAUCAAACAGGAAAUUCAGAGGAAGAGUGGAUAUGCCAUCCAAGCUGAUGAAGAGCAGUUGCGAGUUCAGCUAGAUACAAUUCAGUGUGAACUAAAUGCCCCCACUCAGUUUAAGGGCCGACUCAAUGAACUGAUGUCCCAAAUCAGGAUGCAGAAUCAUUUUGGAGCAGUCAGAUCUGAAGAAAGAUAUUAUAUAGAUGCAGAUCUGUUGCGAGAAAUCAAGCAGCAUUUGAAACAACAACAGGAAGGCCUUAGCCACUUGAUUAGCAUCAUAAAAGAUGACCUAGAAGAUAUCAAGUUGGUAGAACACGGAUUGAAUGAAACCCUCCACAUCAGAAGUGGUGUCUUCAGUUGACAGUUCACAAACUCAUGUUUAAGGUUUGUGACGUACAUCUUCUUGUUAUACACCAAGCUUUCCUUAAGAAUGAAACUGACCACAUGGAGGGGGGGAAAAAACCAAUCCUCUCUCCUGGCUUGGUUUUUGAGAAGGUUACUGGUAAAUUAUUAAUCAUCGAAUCUGAAAUGAGUCAUUUAACUGCUCUUCAGAGAUAGCCUUUGAAAGAUUUACAUCUAAAAGCUGUAAUUACUUUAAGAGAAUAUGUAAUUACAAAAAAUAUGUACUAUUGUACAUUUUUACAGCAGCAUCAUUCAAAACAAUCAGUGUUUAAUGAUUAUUCUCCAUUGAGCCUGAACUCUGCUUUCCGUGGCAAGUAAAUAUGAAAUAUCAACUUUGCACAUAACAAAAUAAACUGUAUAAUCAUUUGGCUGUUGGAGAUUUGUACUUCAAAAUGUAAAUGUACAUCAGUUUUUAUAUUUGUGAAUUCAUCUGUGGGAAGAGGAGCAAAGAAAAAUCUAAGUAUUUAAUGAUUAAUGUGGUUUUCUUUUCAUUCUAUAAAGAUUUGAAAAUAUAUUUUUAUAUUAUUUUACUUAUUUGGAAUUUACAGAACACACCUAAGCAAUUAGGAUAUAACAAAGUUAUGUUUUAUCAUUUUUCAACUUUUUUGUUUUUUAAACUUUUUUAUUUCUAAAAAAGAUAAACAUGAAUAAAUUGUUGAUUGUAAUUACUUUUUAUAUAAUUCUGUCUGGUGCUUUAUUUGGCUCUUGGAGAAUGACCAUUCAUGUCCACACAAGUACUAAAUCAUAAUCACAACUCAGUUUCAUCCUGGUUUUAAGUCUGACUUUUCCCUCCUAGGAAAAUGUAUCAACACUGAUAUAUUUUGAUGAGGGUGUAGCAAAUAAAAAUUCCUUCAGGAGUCAUCUAGGAUACAGAAUUCUCUAAUAUGUUGUAUCUGAGAACACUGGAAAAUCUGAAUAGACCUGAUGAUGUGCAACAGUGAUUUUUUAACUAGAUAAUUUUAAGAGUUUUUCUGACUGCAGACUGCACACUUGGGCUGCAUCAUGUCUGCCCCUCUUAAGGAUGCAUUAAAAGUUAAAGCAUUAAACUUAAUGCUUUAACUUGACAUUUCUGGGUAAUGCUUUGGCUUAUGAUGUUUAUCGUAAGAAACAGCCUGAGGAACCUUGCCACCGUGUUGCCUGUGAAGAUAGUGAGGAGUGUGACGCACUGUAUGUCCAGCCAGAGCCAUCCUCUUGGGUCCCACUGAAGGACUUUCUGUCUAGAUGCAGACCAGGUAACAGUUUUGUAGGAAACAAACUUUACAGCUCAUUCUCUCUUUCCAUGACAGCUGCUAGAAGUGUGCAGCCACUUUUGCAAGUUUACGUCAGGCAAACUUGUUAUAUACUCCUCUCUGUACCACCCUUUCAUCAUACCUUCCUACUCAUUGCUGCAAUUCCAACAGUGGUGGGAGGAAUUUUUUUCUCUCCGUUUGCUCCUUGGCCCAGAAGAUAAGCACUUCCAUUCUUCUCAUCCACGUAGUGCAUGUGGAAGGAGUGUGUUCCCCUGCAUGCCAUCUUAUCAUAGCAAGAGUUGUUGAUCUAACAGAUGAGAAUUGUUACUCAUUGAGCCACAUUCUCUGUUGGGCAGCUGGCUAAUCAACGCACAUUGUGCUCACUUCUCUAGCCUUUUGUUUUUUUGUGCUCUGAUAUUAUAUUAUCAGGUUUCUGAUUUCACCAGCCCUAGACAGGGCUCAGGGCUUUUCAAAGACAGGCCCAGAUUAAGUUUUGAUCCUGCUGCUGACUAUGUGUGUAAGGCAAGCCUGUGAUCCUUCCUUGUUCAUUAACUGGUUAGGUAACUGGAUUUGGUCUGUACCUGAGUUGUGUUCCAAGCAAGUGAUAACCAAAUUGUAGACUUGGGGGACACAAGAAAGAAAGGCUCACUUUGGCCUCAUGACUAGUAUUCCCCAGCACAAUUUAUAGAUGUUCAGUCCACUCAAAAUUCUGAGUAUGAAGCUAGGUAAAUGAUAAAAUUAAAGCAUAUCAAACCUCUCAUGCCUAGUUUAGAUUUCAUUUAGCUUUUCUGUAUUUUUUAAAGUGGCCUUAAUUCCUUUUAAAAAUAUUAGCAUUCUAAGUGUCAGUUACCAAAGCCCUAAAAUUACUUACUACUGUUUAACUACUACAGUAUAUUGGAAAAAAGAGUACUAUAUAUUGUAUAAUCUCAUUUUCCCUUGCGUAUUGAGCAUGAAAUAUUCUUUCAGUACCAUCUGCCUGGGUUAACAUGAGGUUCAAAUUAGGGACUAUGAAUAUUAAAUACUUAGUAAACUAUAGAAAUAAAAAGUGUUCAUUUAUUGACGAGAGAAAGCAGAGACUGAAUACACUAUUUGAAGUCAAAGUUUGAUCUUUUAAAGAUGAGUACAACACAUUUAAAAUUCUAAUUCAGGAAUUAAACUCAUCUUAAACUCUAUAAACUACUAACUAACUUUACAUUUUAAUAUCUGGCAAUUCUACUGAAAUUCUAGUAAUUUUAGUCUUUUAUUGAAUUAAAAGCAUACUUUUAUUUUUGCAAUAAGAUUAAUACAGAAAUAAGUAAAAACUGAAUUCUGUGAGAUAUGGAUCAAUUACCCGAACUUGUGAGGUGAAUAACAAAUACGCAGUUCUCAUUUUGUCAACUGACUUUGGCCAACAAGUGAAAAAUACAUCAUUCCUUUGAUGAUUUCUGUGGGAGGCCGGUAGUAUAUUUCAGGUAAUAAAGAAGGUGUCAGACUACAGCGCAGUAAAGGGAUUUAUAGUAGAGGCACCGACUAAAAUGAAUGUUCCAAGUGUUGGAAGGAGCAUUUUGCCAGAAGAUGCAAAGUGAUGGGUUUUGGGACCUGGGCCUGGACCUGGACCUGGAGCUGGAGCUGGAGCUGUUAAUGAGAACACAGAGUCAGUGACACAUCAUUUUUGAUAUCAAGUUUCAUCCGCCUAUGCUAUAUAUCCUGAAUAUAUAAGCACACAUUCAAGCUGAGUUAGAAACUUACGUGAAAUACCUCUAACCAGGAAGAGUUUAAAAAUAGUUCAUUACAGAUUUGGGGCUACAUUUUUCAUAUCUAUCAUCACCAGGGUGUGCUGAUCUAGGUUUGAUCUAGGAUUCCUCAGCCUUUUAAUAUCUGUAUAGACAAGAUAAUUUGUUGUUGUUCAAGUUCCCUAGAAUUUCUUAGAAAUUUUAAAUUCUCAUUUUCUUUCUCUACAUGCAAGAUACAGCUUAAUUCUGUCUUCUCUACUUCAAAUAAGAUAGUACAUUUCACAUGCAUACUCUACCAAUAUACAACAGAAAUAUCUGUGCUUUUUCUUUUCUAGGGUCACACUUGUGACAUAUGGAGGUUCCCAGGCUAGGGGUUGAAUCAGAGCUGCAGCUGCUGGCCUACACCUCAGCCACAGCAAACGCCAGAUCCAAGCCACAUCUGGGACCUACACCACAGCUCACGGCAACCCCAGAUCCUUAACCCACUUAGCAAGGCCAGGGAUCGAACCCACGUCCUCAUGGAUGCCAGUCAGGUUUAUUAACUGCUGAGCCACAAUGGGAAUUCCUACAGCUGCAUUUUUUAAACGCUAAGCCCUACAAUCCGAUUUGCUAAAAAUCAACUUUUUCCUUCUAGACAGAAAAUACUUCUGGAAGAAACUGCUUUCCAUUUAUCUGAACUAGUGGAGCAGUAUAUUGGAAUCUGGCCAUCUCAUUAUGGUCUGUUUCCUACUGCUCUUAAUGUUAGCUAUCUGACUUUUGGCUGUGUUCUAGUUUAGACUAUUCAAAGGAAGACUGACAAGAAAUAUACAAAUGGAACCACCACUCAGAUUUCAUAAAGAAACCAAGAGAAAUAACUAGUAAAUGUUACAAAAACCUUCAGCUCAUGGAUUGACUUGUCAUCAUUAUAAACAUGCAAUUACGUGCAUACAGAUGGGGAAUGGACAGACAGGUGCACUCGUACAUUAGUUUGUUACUAGAGAGCAGUGGUUCUCAAGGGGGUGGUACUGCCCCAUAAGAGGCAGGUUGGAAAUCUGUUAGGCUGUCUUUUGAUUGUCACAACAGUGGGGUAGAAGGGUAGUAUCCCACAAUGCUAUGGACAGUCUGGCACAAUGAAAAAAAUCGACCCACUUCCAUAUAAAUUUCAAAUGCACGAAACAUACAUGUAAGUUAGAAACCUAUUUAUAAUGCUCAAACCCAGAACCUAAGUCAGUUUUAAACAGAAGCAAAAUGUUUCUGGGUGAUUUUAAUAAACAUUAGAUUCUACCUAGUGCCCAGGGUAUUUCUUCACUUUUUCUUGUACGUGCACAGAAUAGCUCCCGUCCUCGCCUAAAUCCAAACUUGUGUAAGUAAACAUAAUCAUCUGACCACUUCAUUAUGUCUUCUAGAAUAAUCUAUGCAUUUACAUAUUGAAAUAUGUAAUUUUAUUAUAAAUUACAGUUAAGACAUUAUACUGUUUUUGUUUUUAAUGGGUACAAGUGGGUCUUAUCUAUGAAUCUUAUUCCAGGAUAGCUUUUUAAAAUUUUUACUCUAAAAAGGGAGAACUGGGUUGACAGGGUUGAGAACCAUUGCUCAAAAAAGUCUGAACUAUACACAGUUCAAACGAUCACUCAAGAAGCAAAGUCAAGCUGCCCCCCACCAUUUGCACAUGUAAGCGUUUAGAUCUGACAUGUAUUGUGUUACAUGAUUUUGUUCCUUUUGUUGAGAAAAAUAAAUAUUUCUGUAUCACAAAAACAGGCAUUUAACAACUAAGGAAAAGAGAUACUUCUUACUAGGAUUGUUGAUAUCUUGAUUUUUGCCUUCUAAAAUAUAAACAGAUUUUGAGUUAACUGCAUUAUUCACCUAUUUAUCCCAAACAGAAAAAUCUGAUUAAAUGAUUAAACAAACUUGGUUAUCUCUGGGUGUGGGACUAGGGGGCAGGAUGUGAGGUUCAGAGGUAUAUGUCCAUAUAUAUAUAUAUAUAUAUAUAUAUAUAUAUAUAUAUGGACAGUUUAGUUUUUGCUCAUUUAAACUUUUUUUUUUACCAUGUAUGUGUAUUUCCAUUAAAAGAAAGGUUAAAAUUUCAUUUAUAGAAAAGUAUUUUUUCUACAUAUUGAACUCAGAUUGCCAAGCACAACCGUAAUACCUUCCAUUUGUUGAGUGUUUACUAUGUGUCACGCAUUAACCGAAUGCUUUAUGUACACUGUCCCCUUUAUUUCUUACAGUCCUGGUAGGUAGUAGAAUUACCCCCUAUUAUUCAGAUGUUCCCCAAAACCUGCAUAAAAUCACAGAGGUAAUCACUGGUAGCAAUGCCUGCUUUCAAAACCUCUGCUCUUAUUACUAUGCUAUUCUGACUCCAAGUGUGUGCUGAGCAUUGAAAUAAUAUAAUAUUGCCAUAUUUUGACAGCUUUGAAGCCAGAUGCCAAUUCUAGUAGCCCAGAUUAGAGGUGUAUUUUCUGUAACUAACUGGUUGGAAGACAAGUGUUGUAUUACAGAAAAUGAAUAAAACUUGAAAUGUUUUUGA